CUCUCAACCUUUUUAAAUAACUUCCCAACCCCUCCUCCAAAUAAAAUAAAAAAUAAAUAAAUAAAAUUCAUAUAAGGUUUUUUAGAGGUCAAUUGAUAUUUAAUAGUGAUAAAUCACAACUGAAACGCCUUGGCAUUGAGGAAUCAGAAAGCAAUGGUGCAAUUUUUGUUGGAAAUUAAAGCGGAGUUGGAGAAUCUCACCAAUUUUGAACCUCAGGGUGGCUGUAAUGAUCCCGAUUUCUCAUACUAUUUCAAGCUAAAAUGUGGAAACUGUGGAGAAGUGAGCCAGAAAGAAACUUGCGUUACCCUUUCAGAAAUGGUGGAGCUCCCGAAAGGCAGAGGCUCAGCCCAUCUUGUUCAGAAGUGCAAGUUCUGUAGCAGAGAAGGGAGUGUAUUGAUGAUUGGUGGCCGAGGCCGGCCAUAUACUAUUGAAGAUAGUGAGAAUCAGGCAUUUGUGCCCAUAAUGCUAUUCGAUGUUAGAGGAUACGAACCUGUGGAUUUUGUUUUUAAAGAUGGAUGGAAAGCAGUAUCAAUUUCUGGAACAAAGUAUAAUGACAUAAACUUUUUAGAAGGGGAUUUUGUGGAAUAUGAUGAGAAAGGUCAAUGCCCAGUUGGUAUUUCAGAAGUAAAAUCCAAUAUUGUUGUUACAAGGUAGAGUUUUUAUCUUUAGAAUUUCAAGGUGAUACAGAUCCUUUGUUUUAUCAUGGGCUAGCGAUCUGUUUUGUGAUAAGGCACUGCUCUAGUACUUUAUAUGCCUAGAAAUGAUGAAGACAUCAUAAUGUAUUAUGGUGAAUGUUGACAAUUUGUUUGGAUAAAAUUUAUUAAUCCUUCUGCACAAUUUGAUACAA